GUCGGCGCCUUGGUCGGCUUAUAUCAGUCCAGAUGGCAUGUUGCCUCGGAGGAUCUUGGGUGUUGUAGUUUCUCUCUGGUAAACGUGAAGCGCCGGCUGCCUGUAAAAGACUUCAGCUCCCGGCAUGCCGCUAGCGUGAAAGUGUACUGUGAGGCUUGGCUGCCGACGGCGCUCAGCCUGGACUCCAGCCGCUGUUUGUGUGAGUUGGGAUCGGCGCGAGCUGCGUUUCUGCCGGAGAGCAGCAGAAUGGAGGGCACAUGUUUGCGGAGAAGAAGAGGCGGCCCAUACAAAACAGAACCUGCCACAGACUUAACUCGCUGGCGCUUGAGUAAUGAGGAGGGACGGCAGUGGUGGCGAUACGUGGCGGAUGGCGAGAAUUGUGACCGGGAGCAAACUGGACUGGAGGCACACUCUCUUGGACUGGACACUAGUAAGUUCUUCCCAGUCUUGCCCAAGGCACACACAGCUCUGGAGGCAGCGAUAAAUGGGGUGCAAUUCUACUCAGGAUUACAGACGGAGGAUGGCCACUGGGCUGGGGACUAUGGAGGACCUCUCUUUCUGUUGCCAGGGCUCCUCAUCACCUGCCAUGUUGCCAAGAUCCCGCUGCCAGAGGAAAGCAAGAAGGAAAUGGUUCGCUACUUGCGCUCAGUUCAGCUCCCAGAUGGAGGAUGGGGCCUGCAUAUUGAAGACAAAUCCACGGUGUUUUCUAUUGCUCUCAACUACACUGCCAUGAGAAUUCUUGGGGUCAGUCCCGAUGAUCCAGAUCUGGUGCGGGCUCGAAACAACCUCCAUAGCAAAGGUGGUGCUGUGAAAAUCCCUUCCUGGGGUAAAUUUUGGUUGGCUGUCUUGAAUGUCUACAGCUGGGAAGGAAUGAACACUCUUUUUCCUGAGAUGUGGUUGUUUCCUUCGUGGAUGCCAGCACAUCCUUCCACUCUGUGGUGCCACUGCCGCCAGGUUUACCUCCCCAUGGCCUACUGUUACGGCAGACGCCUGAUUGCAGAAGAAGAUGAACUGAUCCUGAGCCUCCGGCAGGAGCUCUAUGUGCAAGACUAUUCUACUAUUGACUGGCCAGCACAAAAGAAUAAUGUUGCUCCAGGGGAUAUGUAUACCCCGCAUAGUUGGCUUCUUACAGUGACCUAUGCAAUACUGAACACCUAUGAGAGAUUCCACAGCACAAGUCUGAGACAGCACGCUAUGGAAGUGCUGUACGACCACAUCAAGGCUGACGAUCGAUUCACCAAGGCCAUCAGUAUUGGCCCAAUUUCUAAAACAAUCAAUAUGCUGGUUCGCUGGUACGUGGAAGGAGACAAGUCUCCUGCCUUCCAAGAACAUGUGUCCAGAAUCCCUGACUACCUCUGGCUGGGACUUGAUGGCCUCAAAAUGCAGGGCACCAAUGGAUCACAGCUUUGGGAUACAGCAUUUGCUGUCCAAGCCUUUUUGGAGGCAGGUGCCCACAAGAAGCCCGAAUUUAACUCUUGUCUUUUACAUGCUCAUGAGUUCUUCAGGAUCACUCAGAUUCCAGAUAACCCUCCUGAUUAUGAGAAGUACUACCGUCAGAUGAACAAGGGUGGGUUUCCCUUCAGUACACGUGACUGUGGCUGGAUUGUGGCUGACUGCACAGCAGAAGGAAUGAAGUCAGUGAUGCUCCUGCAAGAGAAAUGCCCUUUCAUCAAGGACCACAUUCCACCCAGCCGCCUCUUUGACGCUGUGAAUGUGUUGCUGAAUAUGCAAAAUGCUGAUGGUGGCUUUUCUACCUAUGAAACAAUGCGCGGAGGCUGGCUGCUGGAGCUACUGAAUCCUUCUGAAGUCUUUGGUGAUAUUAUGGUGGAUUAUACCUACGUAGAGUGUACAUCAGCCGUAAUGCAAGCGCUGAAGCAUUUCCAUGAGCGCUUCCCUGAACAUAGGACAUUGGAGAUCAGAGAGGUGCUCCAAAAAGGCUUGCAGUUUUGUCGGAGAUUGCAGAGAACUGAUGGCUCCUGGGAAGGGUCCUGGGGUGUGUGCUUCACCUAUGGUAUGUGGUUUGCAUUGGAAGCUUUCGCUUGUAUGGAGCACACCUACCAUGAUGGAGUGGCCUGCAAAGAAAUAUCCCGGGCUUGUGAAUUCUUGAUCUCCAAACAGAUGGAAGAUGGUGGUUGGGGCGAGGACUUUGAGUCUUGCGAACAGCGCACAUAUGUUCAGAGUGCCACUUCCCAGGUCCACAACACUUGCUGGGCUCUCUUGGGACUCAUGGCUGUACGGUAUCCUGAUGUCAAAGUCUUGGAAAAGGGGAUCAAAGUUUUGAUUGAUAAGCAGCUGCCAAAUGGGGACUGGCCCCAGGAGAACAUUUCUGGAGUAUUCAACAAAUCCUGUGCUAUUAGCUACACUUCCUACCGCAACGUUUUCCCCAUCUGGACCCUGGGACGCUUUUCUCAUCUCCAUUGCACCAGCCCUCUUGCUGGCAAACUAUCAAGUGAGGCCUUAAAGAAUGGAGAGGGGUGCCUGGCCGGAGGAAAAGCAAAUGGACAGCGUUUCCCGUUUGCGUCUUCCUAAGCUGGGGCUUUUAUUACCACUGGCAAAGAUAUGUGAAUGGCCCAUCUCCCUGAUAUUUUUUUCCUAAUUUCUAAAUGACAUGACACCUAAAGGGUACCUAGAAGGCUCUGUCUCACAGAAUCAGCAAGGAGGGAGAAGAGAAGAGGAGUCUCUAGACAUUUCCUUGUCAUUGAGCAUCCUCUUGUUCUUACUGUAGUUGCGCACAGCAUACAAAGAGAAUUUGAUGCCUGGAAACAUUCACACCUCAGCAGGCUUCCUUCUGCUUCUGGAGAAUAAAUGGGCCACUCCAUCUUCCUUGGUGAGGCCAAUUUGUUCUCCCAGAUGAACUGAUAGAGUUGGAGCUUUGUCCAGUCCCUCAACCACCAGAUUCCACUAACAGGGUGUUACAUGGAGCUGAUGAUCCCUAGAGUGCAACCUUAGAGUCCACACCUCUGAUUUUGCUGUUUGAUGGACACUGAACUCUACUCACGUGACACAGUAUACAGAUGAUACUGAGUAGGCCUCAUGCUGCCUGUCCAACAUAUGAUGAUUCUAAUGUGUGAUUAUAACUUUACAUCAUUGAUGUGAAUAAAGAGAAUUUUGUCAUGGUU